GAGUGAAGUAGACACAAUAAUGAAAGAGAUGAAAACUUUACAAAGCCGCCAUCCAAACGAGGUGACACAUGUCUACUUGUCAGGAAAUCCAGGCUGUGGUAAAAGUGAAACAGCAAGACAAAUAGGAGAGAAGUUUUUUGAUGAAACUGAGAGUGCUUCAUCGAAGACAUUUGUUGCCACACUUAAUGCAUCAAGCUUGGAAUCAUUACUAAGAUCGUACAUCGGUUUUGCUCGUCAGCUGCGAGUAGAUGAAGAAUACAUUCAAAAUAUUCUGUCAACGAAAACACAUCCACAACCAGAGGAUAAAAUUUGGCAGCUGAUUGGACUCGUCAAUCCCAAAUUGGCAUUUUUCUCUUCAUGGUUAAUGAUAAUUGAUAACGUGGUCAGUCUUAAGAAGACGUCAAAGUUUUUCCCUCAUUUUGGAGAAAAGACAACUUCAAAAACACAGGUCUUGGUGACUACACAAGACGGCCCCUCAAUUCCUCUAGCAAGUCCUAAAAUCUACCACAAAACUCUAAGUGAAGGAAUGAAGCCUGAUGACGGCGUUAAUGCUCUUUGCUCCAUCUCUCAGCUAUUUCAAGAUAAAGACGUGGUGUUUGAAAUUGCAAAGGCACUUGAUUAUCAACCACUAGCUCUUGCCUGCACUGCAGUCUACAUGAGGUUUGUWSGCAAUAAAACUUGGUCCAACUGUCUUGCAAAGAUCAAAGAAGGAAAACGUGAACGAACUGAAAAACCCUACCUCGAUACAUGCAGUCAGGUCUAUUCACAAUCGAUGACWAYAGCUGUAAAGAUGGCUUUAGACAGAGUAAUAGAAAAUGAGGUCAUGAUGUUUGCAUGUCAGAUGUUGUCGAUGCUUGCACAGGAUCCAAUACCAAUAAAGUACGUCGUCAAGUACGUUCUCAUGAGCAUACCUGACGAAGACGAGGAUUUGAUAGAAACUCACAUCGAGCGCUCUUUGCACUCUUUCUCAUUUCUGAUGAUGGCCAAGAUGUCCGUGUCCAUCAGAUUGUACAUAAUGUACUGCAAGACACGAUGAAGAAUACAGUUGAUUACCUUCAUGUAGCAAACAUAGUUACAUCGUUUGAACAGCUAGCUAUCAAGGAUGAUGAAGAACCUGAUUACGACUUUAUAAUGUCUACUAAGCCUCUAAUCCCACACUUUGUAACUUUGCAAAAUGCCGUCUCUCAGAAUCUCCAAUCCUUUCUAGCACUGAGUAAAGAGAAAGCACUUUUGGUGGCAAAAUGCCUUUCCUGCACUAUUGGUAAAUUGUGUUUCGUGAAUGUUCAGCUUAAAGAAGCGAAAAGUUACGUUGAAAAUUCUAUAGAAAUAAAGGAAGCAUUUUGCAUUGGAAAGGAACAUUUAUUAGAGCGAAAUUUACUUUCCGAGAUCCUUUGGGACCUUGGCGACUACAAAAGAGCAAAAUUGUSUCUCGAACAAGCACUGCUGAGGCGCAAUCAUGACAUUCCUGAAGAUAUUAACAAAAAUUGUGGUUUGUACCUUCGAGCUCUGACCAAUCUUGGGAUGACAGUUUCUUUGGACRGCUUGUUUCGAGAUAAACAAAAAGCACAGCAGUGCGUAAAAGAAGCACUUGGAAUUCUAAACAAAAUGACUCUAGAUAUUCCCUUUGCAGGACGAAUAUUUAACAAUAUUGCAAUGGUUUACUAUAAUCUUGGAAAUUAUGCAGAAGCAAAAGCAUUUAUGGAACAAUCUCUCACCAAUGACAAAACGAAGUAUGGAGAUAACCAUCCAUUUGUAUUUGAGAGAUACAACAACCUGGCAAUAGUGCUACAAGAUAUAGGGAAAUAUAUCACUGCUGAAGAAUACCUGCGAAAGGCAAUUUCAGGCGGGAAAUGUCUAUAUGAGGAGAAUUCUCCGUAUUUAUCAACAUACAGUAAUAACCUCGGUGUGUUGCUUCAAGAUCUCAAACAGUACGAGGAAGCAAAGAAAUGCAUGGAAAGAGCACUUGCUAUUGACGAACGUGUUUAUGAUGACAACCAUCCAUUAUUAGCCACUCAUUUGAAUAACCUCGCUAUGGUGC